AUGACUGGCGACCACUCCUCAGCGACUCUCCCGGCGGACCCAGCACGAGCGGCCGCGGGGGCUGGCCAGGUGCUGGGUCCGCCUGGAGCAGUGUAUGUUAAGUUGGCUGACUGUCACUUGAAGUUGGAUAGCAAGCACGAAGCUGCUAAUGCGUAUUCUGAUGCAGCUCAUUGCUACAAAAAGACUAACACCAAAGAGUCAAUAUCAUGCCUGGAGCAAUCUGUAAAUUUGUUUCUGGAGAUUGGAAGGUUCAAUAUGUCUGCCAGAUAUUGUAAGGAAAUUGCAGAAUUGUACGAGCAAGAUCAGAACUUGGAACAGGCUAUUGUUUUUCCUGAAAAAGCCUGCGAUCUUUUCCAAAGUGAAGAAGUAACAACUUCGGCAAAUCUGUGCAAGCAGAAAAUUGCUAAAUUUGCUGCUCAACUUGAACGUUAUCAGAAAGCAGUUGAGAUAUAUGAAGAGAUGGCGCGGCAAUCACUCAAUAAUAACUUGUUGAAGUAUGGAGUUAAAGGUCAUCUUCUUAACGCGGGUAUUUGCCAACUCUGUAAGAGUGAUGUUGUUGCAAUCAACAAUGCGCUAGAGCGAUAUGAGGAAUUGGAUCCAACAUUUUCAGGAACACGGGAGUACAAAUUGCUUGCGGAUCUAGCUGCUGCAGUUGAUGAGGAAAGUGUUGCCAAGUUCACUGAUGCUAUCAAGGAAUUUGAUAGCAUGACCCAACUGGAUGCGUGGAAGACGACUCUUCUACUGAGAGUCAAGGAAGCAUUGAAGGCUAAAGAGCUAGAGGAUGAUCUUACCUAA